AUGGGGAGAAUUGAGAAGGUGGCUAGCUCCAAGCAUGAGGCUACGAUUUCGCCAGCGGUAGCUCAGUUUUCCAAGAAAGCUAUUGAGAUACCCGUCGCCGAACUGCCGUCGUACCUCGCGACAUUUCCGCGUCAGUGGCCCUUUCCGCGGGGUGAUCUCUACCACUGGAUUGGCGCCCUGAAUCGAUUUGAUGAGUUGCUGGCGCGCGUUGUAACGAAGUAUGGACUUGACGAAGGACCACAGUUGAUGCCUUUCGGCAGACAUGUUCUCGUUGAAGAUAGUGUCUCUACGCGUCUGGCGUCCACCGAGCAGGAAUGUGAACAGAAGCUAGAUCAGCUCGGACUCGGACCUGAAGGAGAUAGAGAGUUGGUCGAGUCAAUCCUGGACUUUUCGCGACUCCUGCUAGAGAAAUGUGGAAACCGCAGCUUGUUUAGCAGCAGUGAGCGCCUGAACGCUUUCUUGAACACAACCUCGCUCAGUCUUAUUCAGUGCACCUUGCGACUUUCUCUGUGUCUGGCACAACGAUACUAUUUCCGUCAGCGAUCAACCAGCAGCACCCAUUUCCACCAGAGCCUAUUGGCUACGCAUUAUAAUAUUGAGUUGGAACGUGUUCAGAAACUGGCGGCGCCCUUCCCUCGCCCGGUAAACUUUAUAGAAACUACCGAAGGAACGUCGUUGGAGAAAGGAAAAGAGGUAGUCGGACGGACUAGUGCUACUCCUGGCGAUAAAUGCAAUGCCAACGACUUGAUUUCGUUGACCAAGGUGCCGUCAGAUAAAAUUAGUAUGACGGAUAUCUCACCAGCAGCGGAAAUUGGCACCGCUGAAUGGAAAGACUGGGGUAACAUUCGGUUUUCCUAUUACCCACGCGAUGCUGCAGCAGAACCCUCGAGUAGCACAUUCAAUGUGUCACAAGUUUUAAUGACACCAACGCCGUCACGAUCGAGGCCUCCCGAGUAUCAAAGCUCGAGGUUGCAUCAUGGAUCCAGCGUUGACGACUCUCCAACGCCUAUGACGCAAUCUCCGGCCGCGAGACAAGAGGCCGCAAGAGGGAUGAGAGUAUUAGACAUUCCAAGUUCUAAAGUUUUAUCUACUAGUACCGAAGAGCUUUUGAAGGAGAAUUUAAGCGAGCUGCCGAAAGAUUCAACAUACGACCUGCUGAACCGCCUUCGCAUAGCGGCUGCACUCGCUAUAUCACCAGAGACUAGAAGACAACUGCUUGGAAUUAGACUCCUUGCGCUUACGAACUUAGCGUACAUCUACCCUGAAGCUAUAUUUCAGCAGAAAAUCCUCCAACAAGAUUCCGACGAACCAAAACGUCUUCAGUUGGCGUAUCAACUUUCUGAAUUCGUACACCUCGGGGUUGCCGGAGACAUCAGCGCGUCUACAUUAAAUCAGUCAUUUGCAUUAAUAUGCUUAGAUGCCCUAGCUAAGCACAAGGCCCGAUCCGCAGAUGUCUGUGCAGCACUGAAUUUAAAUGUUAACCAUGGGAUCCUGAUGUUCUUGGUUCGGAAAACCGUCAAUGAACUUGCAUCCGAAGAUGACUCAGGCGAUGACACUGACGGAGACGAUUGGCGUGAUGCCCUCUUUGGACUUCUUCGGACCCUGCCUAGCUCUGGCGCUCGAGCUCCAGAAACGUUGGUUUCAGCUGGUUUGAUCCCUAUGUUCGUUGACAUGUUGAAUCUCCGAACUGAAAAGGCUCGAAGGGUGUACCCUAGAGUUUUGGAAUUCCUCGACAACUUCGUCCAUUCAGUCCGGGAUGCUCUGGCAACUUUGGCUACAGCCAAGGGCUUCGACGCUAUUUCCGGCCUUAUUGCAGCCGAGACAAAAUCCGCCUUCGAGAUGGUAGGCGAAGGUAAAGGUAUCUCCGAGGAGUACAAGACGCCUUCCACCGAUUAUUCCAUUCCCUACUUUCAACAACAGGCCAUCCGAUGGUUGUUCAAGUUUGUCAAUCACGUAAUGCAGCAUAAUAGUGGUGGCUUUGAACGUUUAAUCCGAAACCUCAUCGACUCCCCGCCUCUACUAAAUGCACUCCGCCUCGUCAUUGAAAAUGCGAAGACGUUUGGCUCGCACGUCUGGAGCGGCUCUAUAAACAUCAUGAGUCAUUUUAUUCACAAUGAGCCGACAAGUUACGCUGUAAUCGCCGAAGCGGGACUUAGCAAGAGCUUCCUCGAGGCUGUUAUGUGCCAACCACUUGAAGUACCGGAUGAAUCGACCGAGGAGAACAAGCAGCCUCCCAAACCGCAAAAUCUAUUCAACCCUGCAGCAGCUUCUACUGACAACCAGCGCCUCCUCGAUCACCUCUCGAAAGCCCCUGAGCGCAAGGGUUCAGAUGGAAUUUUGGCUUCCACGGAAGCUAUCGUCGGUAUACCGCUCGCAUUUGGAGCUAUAUGCUUGAAUUCUACUGGUCUCGAACUAUUCCAAUCCUCAGAUGCCCUGGAAAGAUUCUUCGAUAUCUUCGAAAGCCCUGCACAUGUGAAAUGUAUGAAAAGUGACUCGAACCUGCUUCGACUCCUAGGAAAUUCAUUCGACGAACUAGUUAGACAUCAUCCAGCCCUGAAGGCGUCGGUCAUGAGCUCGGUUCUACGAAUGGUUGCUCGAGUAGGCUUACUAGGCAAGUACAAGGCAUGGGAAUGUGGACUCGGAGCUAAGCUUUGGGUUGAGGAUCAAGAUGGGAAGGAAUCCAUUUCUGGUGGUUCCUCUACUGCUAUCGGUGAUCUUUGCGCUGACUUCUCCGCGAGCGAAGACCACUGGCCAAACUCAUCUGUCCCAAGCUUAGGUAACAGCAGUACGACCUAUCGAGAACUAUUUGGAGAGCCAGAUGUUAGCAAAUGGACCACCAAGGACGUUGAUGAGCAUGGCCUUGCUGUUUCAGGCUACAUCUUCCCCGUGUUAAAAUUCUUGGGCGCAUUCUUUGAGAACCAGACUAUUUGCGCCAAUUUUAUAGAGAACGGUGGAGUAGAAUAUGUCCUUGAUUUUGCCGUCCUUCAAUCUCUCCCGUUUAGCUUCCAUAGCAACGAGGCGAACCACCAAUUGUCGCAGGUCGUUCACCUCAUGGCAGAGACGAAGCCACACCUUGUACUCCCGCCUCUCCUCAGCCGCACCCUAGCUGCUCUGGACAAACUAGAACCUUUCUGGUCAGAGGGUCCUGGCGCAACAGGCUUUUUCUCCGCUUUGACAAGCGCUUCACCUGAGACAGCAUCGAGCCCUGAAGCUUUGGCAGUACGGUCUAAGGGGACAUAUUAUGUCAAACACCUUGUUGCAGUUGGAACUCUGACACAUAUCCUUCGCGAAGUCUACACCCCACCGAUAUACCCUACACGUCCAACACAACAACCACUACCAUUCCACCAAGUAAACCUCUCUGAUGAAUAUGCACUGGUUGCUGAACGCCUGGGCCGCUUGCAUGCCGCUUGUGUCUGGGAAGAGAUAUUGCUACAGAAGGACAUGCCGGAGUCAUGGAAUGAACUUACAACUCUCCCAGGGUUUACAGGCCUUGACAUGGUUAGUGAUGGACAAGAAACACCACCUGUUAACACGAUCGACGGUGGGGUAUCUGAAAUUGGUGACGCAGCUGUAGAGUCACAAGCUGGGGACAUACCCUCGGCCCCUCAAGGUGGACGAUCUAGACGCCAUGCCAAAUUAGACAACCCAACUUCUACGCAAUUAGAUAAAGGGGCAGCGGUGAAAAACGUUAAGACCCUUCGCUGGUUAUUAGGUUCUCUCCCGACAUGUAUCACUGGGUUCCUUCACGCGCUUGGCCGUGGGCUCGUCGGUAAGCGACGUGUGGACACCUACCAACGGCAGAAAGCAGCUAUGGUCGCCGGUGCGAUUGCAUCUAUGGUUAUCCAGCAGCUAGAAUUGAAGGGGCCAAAUGAAUGCGCGGUUACAAAGGAUCGGUUCUCCUACCUCAUCGUGAUUCUGUCCUCAUUUUCACGGUUACUAUUUGAUUCUACCGAACGUGCUCAUUCGCACUGUCUCACCAUGAUUCUUGUUGCUUUCAAGAAGCAGAAUGGUAUUCAGAAAAUGAAAGAGCUGGCUGAUAUUUUCUUCCAAGAAGUCAAGGCUCUGGCUCCGUUGGCGCAGACAUCUCCUCCUUCGCCAGACCGGCCCGCUCGCCUCGCAUCAGCGUAUGGUGGAAUCAAGAUAAUAUUGACCUUCUUUUCCGAGAUGACGUCUGCACGAUAUAUCCUGGAUUCCGCUCAAACCCUGGCUAUGGCUAGUAACGACCGUGAUAGGGAACGCGCAGAUUUCUUCCUUCCUCAGCAAUUCCUAGUCGAACUUCGAAUGGAAGCUUUGCCAUUAGUGAAAGGGAUGUGGACAUCGGAUUUCGUUGAAACAGCUUCAAGUUCCAUUGUCAAGUCGCUAAUUGAAAUCCUCCGUUUGGUACUUGAGGCAGAACACGAGACUAAUGCCUACCGCCGUGGCGACAACAUACCUAACCCUCCAUCGGGUACUCCCAGGGUGUUUUCAAUUCAACGUGACCGCCUUGCUUACUUGGUCGAGAAGGGGCACGACGAAUCUCUUGCUCGAGAAGCCUUGUACCGAUGUCACAACUCCUCCACGGCCGCUGAAGAGUACUGUAACGCACAAAAAGGCGUUCGUGUUCCACCGAGAAACCCCAUUCCCAAGUGUGACGCGGAAGCUGCUGCAGCGAAACCGAGCACUACUUCCCGGGGUGAUCAACUCUUUGGAAGUUUUGUUGGUUCUGAAGCCGGCCAAGGUUCCUCUGUGCGACCCGACGCCCAGAGAUUAGGUGAUCCAAUUGCAUCGAUCCUAGCGGAGAUACAUGCAGAAGCUACCGAAGCUAUGGAAACACAAGGUGGUGAUGCCUCUGAAGUGUCGCCAACCUUAGGUGCUGAUAUUGCUAGACCCCAGGGCCCAACUAAAUCCCCAGGUUCCGAAGACCAGGCAGGUGAAGCUACACCUACCGCGCCACCCAAGAAGCGAGAAGUGGUGACCGUUGACGAUUUGGACAAAGAGCGAGAUAACCUACGCUCCAACUUAAUUGAGCGAUGUUUGGAAGUUCUAAAUGCCCAUCAUGAUGUUACUUUUGACCUAGCUGAUCUUAUCAGCUCCGCAUCUAAAGUUGACAACCCGUUCAACUUCAGGAGAGAGAUUGGUGAGACACUGCUACACUUUUUAGCCUCUCUUCAGAUGGAUGAGAGCUUUUUGUCUGGUGGAAAGAAGAUAGCCGCUCAUGCAAGCCUUCUGGCCUUGCUCCUUCAAGACCCGCAAUUUUAUGAAUCGACCCUUGAGCCUCUCCAGGAUAACUUCUACGUGUUGCUUGGUUUCGUCAAGGUCCCGCCCGCUACUUCAGAUAAACCAACAGAGGAGUCUUGUCCGUGGAUUGGUCAAAUUCUGCUGAUUCUAGAAAGAAUCCUUGCAGAGGAUGCAUCCCCUCGCGCGAUCCAAUGGAACCCACCAAAUGCAGAUACCCCGGAAGAUUCCGAUAUUGCCGAGCUGGGAGAGCCUAUUGUUCCUCUGGAAGGCAAAACUCAGUUAUUCGAGGCCCUCUUGGAUGUUUUACCACGAAUUGGUAAAGAUGAGUCUCUCGCUUUGUCAGUUGCAAGAGUUUUAGUUAUGCUCACUAGGGAGCGUGCGCUCGCCAUGCGACUUGGAGAAAGGAGGAAUCUACAACGCUUGUUUGUUAUGAUAAAACAACUGAGUAACCCAUCCAACGAAAAGUUGCAAAACUCAUUUAUGCUUAUAAUCAGGCAUAUUGUUGAGGAUGAAGAGACUAUCCGUCAAAUCAUAAGGAACGACAUCAUUUCAAGCUUCGAUUCUCGGCCUUCUCGCCAAACAGACACCACAAACUUCGUGCGGCAGUACAGCCAUCUGGUCAUACGGGCUCCCCAGCUCUUUGUGGAGGUUACAAACGAGCUUUUGAAACUCGCAAGAUAUGAUUCGAACCAGCGGCCGCAGACACUUGUCUUGAAGAACCUUAAGAAGAACGAUGAGCCACAGGUAUCGGAGGAGGGUAAUAAAUCGGAUGAAACCAAGCCUGAAGGAGCACAAUCUCCGCCAUCUGCAAAGGAGCCCGAUCAUCAGGAGCCAAAAGAAAGCAAAGAGAAACACAAAGAGCUGAAGACCCCGAUCGUUGAGCAUCCUGACGGUGUAGUUCACUAUCUUCUAUCCGAACUACUUUCCUAUAGAGAUGUAGAUGAUAAAGAGCUUCCUCCUGCUCCACCCGCUCCACCUGUCGAGAAGCCCGCUAAUAAACCUGAGGAUGUUGAAAUGACUGCUGGUGAGGAUUCUUCCACCCCACAAACGAACGUGAACCGUGAUGCACCCUCAAAGAAGGCAGAAAAACCUCAAUUCAAAGCCGAAGAGCACCCUAUCUAUGUUUACAGAUGUUUCCUCCUUCACUGCCUUACGGAACUCUUGUCAUCGUAUAAUCGUACGAAGGUGGAGUUCAUCAACUUUUCGCGCAAGGCAGACCCCUUGGCCAUGACACCAUCUAAACCUCGAUCUGGAAUUUUGAAUUAUCUACUUCAUUGCCUCAUUCCAAUCGGGACCAUGGAGCAUGACGAGUCAAUUGCGUUCAAGAAACGAGGAAACACAUCUAGCUGGGCGAUGAAGGUUAUAAUCGCUUUAUGCACGAAGACAAUUGAAUACGGCGGUCGGAGGUCGGUUCCUGGCCAAGAGGAUGAAAUCGAGUUCGAUCUUCUCUUUGUUCGAAGAUUUGUCUUAGAGCAUGCUUUGAAGUCCUACAAGGAUGCCAGUGCAUCUCGGGAACCUCUUGAUUCUAAGUAUGCACGUCUGAUGUGCUUGGCAGACCUUUUCGAUAAGAUGCUUAGCGGUGGUGCCAGCCCUGAUGGAUCGCCACGUUCAUCGUCUGCUACCCGUCAAAUUGCAAAGACAAUGUUUGAGAAGAACUUCAUCAAUGCUUUCACCGCCUCUGUCGCGGACAUCGACUUGAAUUUCCCGUCAUCCAAGCGCGUCGUGAAAUAUAUUUUACGCCCUCUUAACAAGCUCUCUCAAACUGCAGUCCUUCUAAGCGAAAGCGGAUCUAUUGAGGCUAAGCCGAGCCAAAGCGAUACUGAUGAAAUAUCGUCAGCAAGCUCGGUCUCUGAGUUUUCAUCAUCAAGAGAGGAGACUCCCGACCUUUUCCGUCAUUCCACUUUGGGCAUGUUCGAACCACACGAAGAGGAGACUUCUAGCGAAGAGGAUGAAGAGGAUGAGGAAAUGUACGAUGACGAAUUUGAUGAAGAAAUGGAAUAUGAAGAAGAAAUGCCAGAGAAUGAUGGUGAAGUCGUUAGUGAUGAAGACGAAGAGGACAUGGAUGGACGAGGUCCGAUGGAAGGCCUUCCCGGUGAUGCUCCAAUGGACAUCGAGGUUCUGAUCGACGGCGAUUCUGAGGAUGAUGACGAUGAAGAUGAUGACGAGGAGGACGACGAGGAUGAUGACGAGGACGAGGACGAUGAAGGAUCAUCGCACUUAGACGAGAGAAUAGUUGCAGGUGAGAUUACUGGGGAUAAUGACAACAAUAGUCUCCAGGAUGGGGAGGAUGAGUGGGAGAGUGAAGAAGGCUCCGAGGAGGCAGAUGACGAGUUAGCGAUGAUGAACCAACUUGAAAUCGAACUUGGAGGGGGCAUGGCCCAAGGAGAGCAUAAUCGUCCUGGUCAACCUCAUCUAGAGAACCUUUUGAGAGUCCUGGAAGAGACGGGCGCUUCUGUUGAGCGGUUAGACCGUGAAAUGGACCACGGGAUGAGGGACCUUGGGGAAGAUUUUAUAGAAGAUGACUUAAACGAAGAAGAAGAUGAAGAUGAGGAAGUCGAUGAACUUGAAGAUGAAGUCGAUGAGUUUGAUGAGGAUCAAGGAAUGUAUCAUGAAUAUGACAAUGAUGAUGGUGACCUUUCCAACUCACCUUGGAGCUGGGAUGAGCCUGUUUCAGCCCAGAAUCGUAUUCCUUCACGAAACAUUCCAUCAUGGAACUUCUUCCCUGGCCAAAUGGCAAGCCGACAAGGUAUCAUACCAGUACCCGACUACCGAUCGCAUCGAACCCAAAUUGCGCCACCUAGGAACGAUGAUGGCGUAAACCCUCUUUUACGACGGAAUGAUCGUGCGCAUGAACAGCCAGCUCAAAGACGAGGUCCCAAUGCAGAGGCGUUUAGCGACUGGGUAACCGCAAUGGAUCCAAAUAGCCAUGGUAGGCUUUUAUCAAUUGACAGCCCGGUAACUUUCAUGAAUGCAAUUAUGCAAGCAAUUGGUCAAGGAGGGCCGGAUUUUGGCAUUGUAUCCAGACCUGAUGGAUUCCAUCUUCACCUGGACCGUGGCUCCGUUCUUCCUGGGCGUCUUCAAGAUCUUUUCGGCCUAGGAAGGGCACCAGUGGUCGCUCCGCGUUCUCGCGAUGAUCCAGCUCAAGCUGUUGCUUUCCCAACUGGCUCUACUCUCAACCGCUGGCAGGAAGAGGCUCGCCUCCACUUCAACAACCUCUACAUGGAAAAGGCCCAGAGGGUUGUGCAAUCCAUCCUCAAACUAUUAGUACCUCCAGCCAUUGAGGAAGAUAAACAGCGACAAAAGAAACUAGAAGAGGAACGAAAACGCCUUGAGGAAGAAAAGAUUGAGCGUGAAAAGCAAGAACGCAUCGCACGAGAAGAAGCCGAAAAGGAAAAGAAGCGAAAAGAGGAAGAGGAAGAGGCCGCAAGGAAAUUGGAGGAAGAACGACGUGCCGAAGAAAAUGCAGAGGCGAGCCAUGCUGAGCCCAUGGAAGAUGUACAGCCUACUGAUGCAACUGGCGAGACUACACAACCUGCAGAGGCUUCCGAAGCCGGCCCAUCUGAACCAGCUCAAAGAGUUCACACUACUAUUCGAGGCCGCCAACUUGAUAUCACAGGUAUGGAGAUCGAUCCAGAAUAUCUCGAGGCACUUCCGGAAGAAAUGCGAGAGGAAGUCAUCCUACAGCAACUCGCGGAACAGCGCUCUCAAGCGGCCGUGGCAGGCGAAGAGCCGAGCGAAAUCAAUCCAGAAUUCUUGGAAGCAUUACCAGCAGAGAUUCGAGAGGAGCUCCUACAACAAGAGGCAGCUGAUCGUCGUCGUCGUGAACGGGAAAGUGCCCGUCGCCAAGCUGCGGCUAAUGGAGCCCCCCAUGCGGAGGAUAUGGAUCCCGCCAGCUUUAUAGCUACUCUCGAGCCAUCUCUACGACAAACCGUUUUAGCCGAUCAGCCAGAUGACAUAUUGGCUUCACUUGGCCCAGAAUUCGUGACAGAAGCUCGUGCGCUGACAGGCGGCCGAAGACUUCCACGAUUCGGCGACCCUGGUGUCUUAGACGCUCAUCCAGGCGCUGGAUCUUCUCGUCAAGACCAGGAGACAAAGAAACCUCAACGUCGACAGAUUGUCCAAGUGGUGGAUAAAGCUGGCGUGGCCACUUUGCUUCGAUUGAUGUUUAUGCCGCUGCAAGGCAAUGCUCGACAUCAUCUGAAUGAUAUCCUCCACAAUGUUUGCCAGAACCGCCAGAAUAGGUCUGAAGUGAUUAGCCUUCUACUAUUGAUCCUCCAAGAUGGCAGUGCCGAUAUCUCGGCUGUGGAGAGAAGCUUCGCUCAUUUGUCGUUGCGCGCAAAAACACCCACCUCACAGAGAACACCUCAGCCAUUGAAGCGGACUCUGUCGCUACCAGUACCAGGGGCAAACCAUGAUGUGACUCCUUUGAUUGUCAUUCAACAGUGCUUGGGCGCUCUUUCGUUCCUAACCCAGUAUAACCCUCAUAUUCCGUGGUUCUUCCUUACCGAGCAUGAAGCUGUCUCUGCCCUCAAGAUGAAGGCUCUACGCAAAGGAAAGACCAAAGAAAAUAGAGCGAACAAGUUUGCUCUCAAUUCUCUCCUGUCUUUACUUGACCGAAAGGCAAUCUUAGACAGCCCAAAUUGCAUGGAACAAUUAUCCGGCUUGCUUAGCAGCAUUACCCAUCCGCUAACCAUUUUACUCAGAAAGGAUGCGGACAAGCAAGAUGAUUCGGAGAAUAAGGUAGCCGAGGCCAAACUUGAAAAUGAAUCAGGACAAGGUGCCAAUGAGCCUCAGCCGCAGGCUACAGGUUACGCCUCAGCAAACCACCCCACGACUCAAUCAGAUACCACAAUGGCGGAUUCAACUGCUUUGGCUUCUGAUAGUGCAGCUCACCAGGAGCAGAAAGAGGGCGACGACGGUGCGGGCGAGAAAGCAGCUAGAGACGACCGAAAGCAAAAGAAAACUCGCACAAUUGACCCGCCGGUGGUUCCAGAAUACAACCUCCGACUUGUAGUUCAUAUCCUUUCUGCUCGCGAGUGCAAUGGUAGGACUUUCAGGGAGACUCUAUCAACCAUUAACAACCUGUCAUCGAUACCAGGUGCAAAAGAAAUCAUUGGAAAAGAGUUAGUUGGUCAGGCGCAGACUUUGAGCAAAUCGAUAUUAGUUGAUCUGGACGAGCUUAUCCCCCACAUUACGAACGCUGAGACUGGCACCGAUGUACAAGGCAUGGCUCUCGCAAAAUUCUCACCCGCCAGUUCUGACCAAGCCAAAUUGUUGCGUGUUUUGACAGCGCUUGACUAUCUAUUUGACCCCAGUCGAGGGGACAAGGAGAAAAUGUCGGAAGCUGAAGCCUCUGAGAAGGCAAAUACGCUCAAAGUCCUCUAUGAGAGUGUGACAUUUGGCCCACUAUGGACAAAGUUGAGCGAUUGCCUUCACGCAGUCCAACGGAAAGAAACUAUGCUCAACGUGGCAACUACCCUACUACCCCUUAUCGAAUCUCUCAUGGUAGUAUGCAAAAAUACCACGCUGAAAGAUGUCCCUCUCUUCCCUAAGCAAGUCCGCGACUUUGCUGUUUCGAGUCCACCUCCUGAUUCCGGCAUGGAGGGCUUAUUCUUCAACUUUACGGAGGACCAUAGGAAGAUUCUCAACGAGCUUGUACGACAAAACCCCCGCCUUAUGAGCGGCACAUUCUCACUCCUAGUUAAGAACCCGAAAGUCCUGGAGUUUGACAACAAACGUAACUACUUCAACCGCAGAAUACACUCACGGGGUACCGAGGCUCGACAUCCUCAUCCACCAUUGCAGCUAUCUGUUCGUCGUGACCAGGUGUUCCUUGAUUCCUUCAAGUCGUUAUACUUCAAGACCGCAGACGAGAUGAAAUAUGGCAAAUUAAGUAUCCGAUUCCAUGGCGAAGAAGGUGUCGACGCUGGUGGUGUAAGUAGGGAGUGGUUCCAAGUCCUUGCAAGAGGAAUGUUCAACCCAGAUUACGCUUUGUUUAUUCCAGUCGCAUCUGAUCGCACCACAUUCCACCCCAAUCGCCUCAGUGGAGUCAACCAAGAGCAUCUGAUGUUCUUCAAGUUUAUCGGACGCAUCAUUGGCAAAGCUUUGUAUGAAGGCAGAGUCUUGGAUUGCCACUUUAGCAGGGCCGUCUACAAGCGGAUCCUUGGCAAGUCGGUAUCUAUCAAAGACAUGGAAACUCUCGACCUCGACUACUACAAGUCACUCCUCUGGAUGCUAGAAAACGAUAUCACCGACAUUUUGACCGAGAACUUUUCGGUUGAGGUUGAAGAUUUCGGUGAAACCCGAGUCAUUGACUUGGUAGAAAAUGGCCGAAACAUUCCCGUUACCGAAGAGAACAAGGAGGAAUACGUGCAGCAUGUUGUAGAACAUCGGCUGACUGAGCUCGACUUGCCUGAGUAUGAGAGUUACGAAGCAUUACGUAAAUGUCUUUACACCGCCAUGACGGCAGGCAGCGAAUAUUUCGGAUUUGCCUAA